UACACACUCUUGAUUUCUUCACCAGUCUAAAACAAUACUCCAAUUUUCUUUCAAGACAAGCAAAAUGGCUCUUAGAAACUCUCUUACCAUCUUCCUUGCCUUUAACAUCAUCUUCUUCGCCCUAACCGAAGCCGCACGCUCCGGAUGUCCACCAUCAUCUUACAAACCCAAACCUGGCCCAACCACACCUGCCAUCGAGACAUGCCCGAAAGAUACCGUAAAGCUUGGUGUUUGUGUUAACGCGCUUAACUUGUUGAAUGCGACAUUAGGUGCUCCUCCGGUGAAGCCAUGUUGCAGCCUCAUUGACGGUUUGGUCGAUCUUGAGGCUGCCGUUUGUCUUUGCACCGCGCUUAAAGCUAGCAUUCUCGGUAUCAACAUUAACCUUCCAAUCAACCUUAGCUUGCUCCUCAACGUUUGCAGCAGAAAGGCUCCACGUGGCUUCCAAUGCCCUUAAUUUUUAAACGUCACAUAUAAUUAUGGCUAAAUCCUUAAUUAAUGGCCAUGCAUGAAAUGUGAUCGAACUUUAAUUUGUGUUCCUUGUGUUUUUUUGUUUUGUUUUUCAUGUUUUAUAUUUGAAUUGGUGCAUGGGGGUGAGUAAGAUUGUCACCAUCUAAGAGAUGAGUUUGUAUUGUAAUUUAUUUCAUCUGUUUUGAUGAAUAAAAAUGGUUUUCAGUGUGACGUAA